GGUUAUGUUUGUACACAAUUUUGUUUUUGCGAAUAUUCGUGCAAUUUUAAUGUUGUUAUACGAUGGAAGCUUUUAUAGAAUACGAACACUUACAAAUUGAAGAGGUCUGCAGAAUAUGUCUAAUCAAAAAAGAUCAAAUGAGUUUAAUUUAUGAAGCUGGUUUGGCAGAUAUGCUUUUAGAAUGUGCUUCUGUACAGGUUACACCUGAAAACGGACUGUUCAAUUUUGUAUGCAACCAUUGCCAGAAUGAAGUUAGUCGUUGGUAUCUUUUUAAACAACAAGUUGUUCGAUCAUUUGAAAUUGGUAAAUGGUUGCUGAGCAGAAAACAGAAAAGUUCUGAAAACGUUACACGAAUUAAUAUAACCAAUGAACACGCAGAAACGCAAAAAAUAAGUACAAAUUAUGAAAUAAAUCUUGAGUGCCCAGUACAGUAUGCAACAGAUGCAUCCAGUGAAGUUAUAGAUAAUGUAGGAUUAAAAAAUCUCUUUGAUACUCAAAGUAAUAUAAGUAAAAAGGUAGAAGCUGAAAGGUUUUCAAACAUUAUUGAUAACAGUAAUACAAAUGAACAUGGAAGCUUACAAGCAACACUCUUAAGUAACCUUAACACAGUGAAAAUAGUGCCAGAAGAGAAAAAUCAAAGUGAAUGUGAUAUAAGAAAAAAGAAAAGCGUUGAUGACCUCAUAUGUAAAGUUUGUGGUAAGCAGUGCACUUCAACGAAUUCAUAUAAUCGCCACAUAAAAACCCAUGAUGAGACAAGACCAUAUGUUUGCUGUAAGUGUGAUAAACCAUUUAAAACAUCUCAGGUGUUGUCAGAGCACAUGAAGAGACAUUAUGAUGACAGACGUUAUCAAUGUGAACUUUGCAGCAGAAAAUUUUAUUCAAAAGCGAGCCUAAAUGAUCAUAUGCGCAGCCACACUGGAGAGAAACCUUUCAAAUGUGAAGUAUGUGGACGCUCUUUUGGUACAAAGGCUAUUUUAAGACAGCACACUGCAAUCCAUACAGUAAGAGAGAAAAAAUAUCAAUGUAAAAUUUGUAACAAAUUUCUACUGUCAGCAGGCAGUCUAGAGACUCACAUAAAAAAACACAGUGGUGUCAAACCUUUCCCAUGUUCAGGCUGUGACAAAAGAUUCUUUACCAAAGAAGCCAUGCAGAGACAUUUUGGUGCCAUUCAUGAUACAGACAACAAUUUUUUAUGUAACGUGUGUUCAAAAGUGUGUUCAACUAAAGUUCAUCUUAACAAUCACAUGAAAAAGAAACAUUUAGGACUGGGAAGGCCUUUAAAUGCUGUUUGUCCGGAAUGUGGUAAACAGUGUGGUUCUGCAGCUGAAUUAAAAGUACAUAUGAGAGUACACACUGGUGAACGACCAUAUGUUUGCGAUAUAUGUAACAAAAGGUUCAUUGCUAAAGGUAACUUAAACUCGCAUAAACAGAGACACACUGGGAAAAAACCGUUUUUGUGCAACCACUGUGGGAAAGCUUUUGGGGAAAAAUCCACACUGAAGGUACAUGAAAGGAUUCAUACAGGAGAGCAUCCAUAUAAGUGUGAAAUUUGUGACAAAGCAUAUGUGCAAAGCAGCGCGUUAAGAACUCACAUGAAAACACACUGGAAACAGCAAUAGAUUUUUGUGUAACAUUAAACAUUUUGACGUUAGGGCAGUGCAAGUACAACUUAAUUUUCAGAAGAAAUGGAACAACAGCACCACAAUCACAAUUUCCAAUUCCAUGGGAUACAAACAACUCCAUCUGACAACACCGAAUAAUAUGUAGCGAUAUUUAAAUGUAUUUCUUCCAAAUAUU